CGGCAGCGGGGCUUUGUCCUGCUACAGACAAGCUAGGUGAAGCUCAAUGCACCUCCUCGGCAGAGCUUGAGUGAUAUCUCGUGGUCUAUCGCAGUAGCUCGCGGUAUAAGAUGGUAGGGAAUGCAGCUUUCGCAUAAUUCUUAUCCCGCUGCUCUCCGUUGAAGUUUGACUUUUGCUCGAGUCAAUUGGUGUCCUUGGUUGUUUGAUACCCUCGUUGCUGCUCAUCUGCACAUCAUGAAGUCUGUUGUUGCUUUCUCCACUCUUUCCUUGCUUGCUGGUGCGGAGGCUGCCGAGACUGUGCUCGGAGCCUACAUCUUCCACCGCCAUGGUGACCGCACACCCAAGGCUCUUGCUCCCACCAACCUGACUACCCUUGGUUACGAGGAGGUCUACCGCUCUGGCCAGUACUACAACUCUCGCUACAUCACCGGCGACAACAGGAUCAAGGGCAUCAACAAGGAGAUUGUCAAGUUGUCCCAGCUCUCUGUCAGCUCUCCUGUCGACAAUGUUCUCCAGAGCUCUGCUAUGGGUUUCCUCCAGGGUCUUUACCCUCCUGUUCAGACUGUCCAGACUCUCAGCAACGGUUCUGACGUUUCUGCGCCUCUGAGCGGCUACCAGCUUAUUCCCGUCAACACCAUCGCGACUGGUGCUGGCUCUGAGGACUCUGGCUGGCUCCAGGAUGCUUCAAGCUGCGCGAACGCGAAGACUAGCUCCAACAACUACUUCGAGAGCGCCGAGUACCAGAACACACUCAAGGCCACCAACGACUUCUACAGCUCGCUUGUUCCCGUUGUUAAUGCGACCUUGACUGCUGAUCAGGUCUCGUUCAAGAACGCCUAUGUUGUCUACGACCUCAUCAACGUCGCCGAGAUCCACAACUCCUCCAUCCCCUCCUCCGACCUCCUCACCAACUCAACCCUCCACCAACUCCUCACCCUAGCCAACACCCACGAAUACGGCCUUGCCUACAACGCCUCCGACGACAUGCGCGCCAUCGCCGGCAUGCAGCUCGCGGGUGAGAUCCUCUCGUACAUGAACAGCACCAUCACCUCCAAGGGCGCCAAGAAGCUCGGUAUCCAAUUCGGCGCCUACGCAACCGCGCUCUCGUUCUUCGGGCUUGUCGACCUGCCCAAGACCUCCUCAGACUUCACUGGCGUCAUCGACUACGCGUCCUCGCUCGUCUUCGAGCUCGUCACCGACGCUGAUGUGUCCUCCGGCUUCCCUGCUACAUCUGACCUGAGCGUCCGCUUCCUCUUCCACAACGGCACCGCGUCCAACGCGUCCCAGCCCACCGCGUACCCCUUGUUCGGCGGCUCGAGCGAAACCGUGUCUUGGAAUGAUUUCCAGACUAAUCUGAACAAGUUCGCGGUUAGCAAUAGUGAGCAGUGGUGUACGAAGUGCGGGAACUCGACGGGCACUUGUGCGGCGUAUGCUAGUAAUGGUGGGGCUGCGAGCACUCAGCAGAAGAGCAGCCACGGUAUUUCGCCUGCUAUUGGUGGUGUUAUUGGUGCUAUGGUCACUCUGGCCGUUGUUCUUGGUUCGCUCGCUGCUUUCAUGCUCCUUGGUGGGUUCAGGCUGGUGAGUAAGAAGCACCUUGCUGGUGCUGGGGAUGCUGCGGCUGCGAAUGGCGAGAAGGUUGUGGCUAAGGCUUAGAUGUGUACACGAGAAUGAUUUCUGCUACGGUGCGCGGAGAGCUGGUAUAGCCGUGUGUAGUUAUGAUGACGAUGUAAUGAAUUACGAUCGUUAUACUC